AGCGACAAGCCUGCUCAGUUCUGAAUUAUCUAGCAGCUGGCAGCUAGCAGUUAGACCAACUAAUUACGAGCCAGGAGUCCCCACGCGCGCCAUGCGGUAUCUAGUUCCACGAUCUCUGACGCGUUCGCCGCAAUUCGCCCGAUGUCCCAAAACGAUGACCUCAUAGCACUCUGCUCAUCGGCAUGUCGAGCGGCGGCAAGAACGGCGAGUGCAGACGUGCAGAUCUGGCGUAAUGCGGAGACACCGAGAGCGCCGACAAGAACCGAGUUAUGGACCAACUGGGACAUGCGGCCAUGGCGUCAAAGGUUCGUGGAAAGAAGACGUCAGCGAGGAGUGAGCAUGAGCCACUCCCGCUUACCUCCUAUCACGUUAUGUGACCAUACUACGAUCUUGGCCUUCUGCUGCAAAUCCAGCAGCCAUCUUGCAAUUCGGCCCCUCACUGCUCAGCUGUUGAUAUCGCUAAUGAGCCCCCCGGCUAUCUGCACGGCUGCUUGCGCGGCUGCUUUCUGUCGAUCCCUCGAUCCCGUGUGUGUUGCGCCUGCACUCCAAUGAGAUUACGCCGCACUAGUCACCACUGCAAGCCAGCUACAUUGGUGUCCG